AUUUUAACACGACAAAUGUUUUACAAUUUAAAAUUACUGUUUUUAACAACUAUUUUAGCCAUUCUACAUAAUGUGACAGGUUUAUUCGAUCCAGUUUCGUUAGGUGUAGCAGCAGGUGUAGGAUUAGGAGCAUUUAAAUUUGAAUUUCUUAAAGAUCAAACCUACUGUCGUAUGGCGGAAUGUUGCAAUGAACGUAGUAUACCAGCUGAUAUUAUGGGACUAAAACGAGAGCUUUCCAAUACACUAUUUGGUCAACAUAUUGUACAACAGAAAUUAAUACCGGCCCUGGAGGCCCAUUUUAGUGGUAGACGCAACUCCCGCAAACCACUGGUUAUAAGUUUUCAUGGUACCCCCGGUACAGGCAAAAAUUUUGUGGCAGAUCAAAUCGCCAAUAAGCUAUAUGCAAAAGGCUUGGAAAGUAAGUUUGUGCAUAAAUAUAUGGGUCGAUCAGAUUUUCCAGUUGCACAGGAUGCUAAAUUGUACACUGAACGCAUUAAUCGCGAGGUACGUGAGGGUAUUAGGGCUUGCCCUCGCUCUUUAUUCAUAUUCGAUGAGGUGGACAAAAUGCCGGCCGGUGUUUUUGAAUCACUGACUUCGCUAGUGGAUUACAAUGCAUUUGUGGAUGGUCAAGAUACCACUCAGGCUAUUUUCAUAUUUCUUUCAAACACUGCCGGUGUUUACAUAUCCGAUAAGUUGGGCCAACUUAUCAAGAGUGGCACAUUAAGAGAAGACACUAAUUUGGGUCACUUUGAGCAGAUUUUGGAAAAAGCUGCCUACAAUUUGGAAGGUGGACUAAAGAAGACCAGCCUUAUAGAAGCCCAUGUGAUAGAUCACUUUAUACCUUUCCUGCCUUUAGAGAAAUCACACGUGUAUAAAUGCAUAGAACAAGAGUAUAAACGUUGGAAUGCCAGGCCUAAGGAAGGAGCCAUAGAAAAUAUUAUAAAUGAUUCUAUUACCUAUGAUCGUACCAAUGGCAUAUUUGCCACUUCUGGCUGCAAGAAACUAGAUAAGAAGGUGGCUGUGGAAGUUAUGUCAGGAUGAGAAAGAAAAACGAUAACAACAUUUUGUUGUAAACAGCUAAUAGUACUUAUGUUGGAAAGAAAACGCAUUUGUAUCUUAACAAUUUCUACAAUUUUUUAUACUUUUAUAUGUAGAUAUUUAGCGGUUUACUAAGCAUAAUAAUUAAAGUAAAGAAGAUUACAAAACAAA